GGGAAGGAUCCGUUUUGGCGGGCGGUUGGCGUUGCGCAGAAGGCGGCGGCGGUGGUGGCUAGUGGUGCGGCCUCACCAAACAGGAACAGGGCAGACGUUAGCGUGAGUGAUCACUCUCAAUCCCGGGGACCCGGUGGCCUUAGUCUUUCAGGUGGAACGGUGUGCGACAUGGGAAAGAAAACCAAGCGGACAGCUGACAGUUCUUCUUCAGAGGAUGAGGAGGAGUACGUUGUGGAGAAGGUGCUAGACAGGCGUGUAGUUAAGGGACAAGUGGAAUAUCUACUGAAGUGGAAAGGCUUUUCUGAGGAGCACAAUACUUGGGAACCUGAGAAAAACUUGGAUUGCCCUGAGCUAAUUUCCGAAUUUAUGAAAAAGUAUAAGAAGAUGAAGGAGGGUGAAAAUAAUAAACCCAGGGAGAAGUCAGAAAGUAACAAGAGGAAAUCCAAUUUCUCAAACAGUGCCGAUGAUAUCAAAUCCAAAAAAAAGAGAGAGCAGAGCAAUGAUAUCGCUCGGGGCUUUGAGAGAGGACUGGAACCAGAAAAGAUCAUUGGGGCAACAGAUUCCUGUGGUGAUUUAAUGUUCCUAAUGAAAUGGAAAGACACAGAUGAAGCUGACCUGGUUCUUGCAAAAGAAGCUAACGUGAAAUGUCCACAAAUUGUGAUAGCAUUUUAUGAAGAGAGACUGACAUGGCAUGCAUAUCCUGAGGAUGCGGAAAACAAAGAGAAAGAAACAGCAAAGAGCUAAAGGAGGGGAUGGUCUCUGUCAUUUCUCUUUGUACAUAAUACAUUCACCUCCCUGCCUCCUCUCCCUUCUACCCACCCCUUUCUAUCCUAAACACAUCCAUAAAAAAUGUGCUUAUCACUGUGCUCCACAGGAGAAAUGUUGGUAUUGGUUCUCUUGUAACAUAACUGAUGGUCUGAUUAAUGAUGAGUGUCUCUCUGUGAAGACCAGGCAUUUACAUACUGAGUGUAAUACCCACAAUUUUUUUUUCCUUUGCCCUGAUCUCUUCCUUCUGCUCCCCUGUGACCUCAAGAUGAGUUUUAACUUUUUAAUCACCUUAGAGUCUUGAUUUUUAGAUUGGGGGAUUUUGUCACAAUGAUGUUGAAUUUUGGUUUCUUGCUUUGGUUCUUAGAACAUGUUGCUGACUAGCUGGCCUUUGUUCUGACAUGUUGAGAUGGAAAGGAUGUUGCCCGUCUGUUAAAAAGCCAAUAGCAACUGCCUACCUGUUGGGGCUUUCCCAACCUUGUUCAGCUCUACCCAGGAGAAUACAGGGUUUCUGGUGUGGUCUUCUGGGCCACCCUCUGUUGUUCAUCCUCACUUAUCCUCCCAGAAUUACUCCAUCCUUUGGAAGAUUUGAAAUUUUACACUGAAAUUUGUCAAGACACUCUUUUUAGCCCCAGGACUUUUGGUCUUGCUUUUAGCACUCUCCACUUCUGCUUCUGUAAAGUGAUAUCAAUUUGUGAUAAAAUGACAAGAUUAUUAACUGUGGAGAUUUUUAGCUAUAGUACAUGAGGAUGAUGGGGUAGGGUACAAUUGUCUUUAUUAUCACAUAUGGUAUGUAUGUAUGAUUUCUUUCCAUUCCUCAUAUUUAGACUGUAUAUUUAUGUAGGUGUGAGUGUUUGCCUGGUGCUUGCUUGUGCCAAGGUGCUAGGCACCCUCCAAGCCUGCCAACUUUUGUGGCCUCCCAAAGCAUUCCUGUUACCAAAGAGGCUUCAAACCUGACCCUCACUUCUCAGUGGACCCGAGUUUCCCUUCCAUGCCAUUAUUUUCAGUGGGGAAGUUUUAGAGGUGAGCUGUUGGCCACAAUAUCAAUUUUAAGUAUUCAUAGCAGUUAAAAGUCUCUUGCAUUCUUGGCUCCUGGAUUUACCACCAAGAGUCCCCAAAAUAUUAAUGCUCUUCCCUUUUUCUACCCUCAAACUUAUAGUUGUAUCUUAUUUUUUAAAAUGAAUUUUCAUGGCCCGGCACAGUGGCUACCACCUGUAAUCCCAGCACUUUGGGAGGCU